AUUCGCCGAUCCUGACUUCUUUAGUUCCACUUAUGCUAACAAAUUCAAAGAUCCAACAUACAUUGCCUCCCCAUACGGCAGCUGGCUGUCCAUCCCGUCUUCUUCUUCCUUCUCAUCGUGGUUCCACUCAGAUUUUGCUCGUAACAAGGAAUUUAACGAUAUUAUCGAAUUAAAGAAAACUGGUGAGUCUGACUCCAAUGGUGCAGCCAUAUAUCGAUACUAUGAGUCCAAGUUCUUUCCAGUGGACGGAAAGGGGUUCGGGGCCCAAGGACAAAGGGACUGUUCUACGAACGCCUUACGGAAUUAUGGAUUUACAGCAACUGUCAAGGGUACGUUUACAUUCACUGGAAAGGAGGAGUUUGCGUUUGCUGGAGGAGAAGAACUGUGGGUUUUUAUCAACAGAAAACGCGUGGUACAGCUUUUCCAUAGCCCUUCUGUGUCAGCAACACCAUGCAGGCUGUUUUCAUUGAAGGCUGCCGCAACCAAAGUUCGUCAAGAUAUGAAUUUCUAA